AAUAAAGUUAAACGGAUCGAAAUACUGAAAUUCAAUAACCGAGAAGUGUCGCAUUUAAUCCCAUUCGAGAUGCAUUGACGUGGCAAUCGAUUACAGUCCACAACAAAUCAUUGCUAUUGGACCAAUGACGUCAUUUGGCGCAACAAAAUUCAUUCGACAUAAUUUUAUGCCUACUUUCAAGUACAUAGCCAGGACAGGACAAUGUCUGUCGGGUUAGCUAGUAAUAAGUAAUAGUGAAUAAAAAAAAAAUACGAAGAAGAGAUGUCAUUAGUACAAGUACUAAAAAAGUUGAAAGGAAUAGUUCCAAAUAAAAGCUCCUCUACUUUAAAAAGCUAAAAUGCCAUGCUUGGAAUAAUAAGAAUACGAAGGUGGAGAGAAUAUGCAGAUCAUUAUAGGAAACAACUAAACCAAAGUCCUACAUCAUACCAAAUAUCACGGGCAGAAUUACGGAAGGUUUAUAUGGAUCCGUCUAAAUUAGAUGCCGAACACACAAGAAGCACAUUUCGAAUAAUCAGGACUCCACUAAUGAAUAACAUGCUGAGCUUGGAAGACCGUGAAAGAUUAUCUCGCCAGCAAACAGUCAUACAGCGUCCGAUUCAAAGGAAUAUUUGACCACAAUUUACAUGCUGUUAAUGCAGUUCAGCUGAAAACGCGCAAAGCCAAACCCUAUUCAUCCAGUUUGCAACAACUUUCCUAAUUGGAGCGAAUGCACUCAACGAAGGAUUAAAUGAAAAAUCACGCUAGCUCAGCCGUAGUUAGAUAAAAAAAGUUUGGUUAUAAUAUGAUUUUUAAUUAAAAACACGACUUUUGCAAGCGUUUUAUUGGCUGCGAGCGUGCCGGGUAUUCGCUUUCGCUCAUCACUGUUUCUGGGUGAAAGUAAUUGGGUUCAAAAAACUGCAAUUUCACCAGAG